UUGACAUCUGAGAGCGGCAUUAUAAAAAUACAUUUUACGACUAUCAGCGUCUUCUGCAAAAUUUCAAAGUUUAUUCUGUUAUAAUAAAGGUGCUAGCUAUUCUUUUGAAAAAAAAAAAACUUGGUGUUUUUCACUAAGUUUAAGUUCACAUUGAAUAUGGCCCUCGCGAAGCCAAAAUCGGAGCUGACUCCUGAAGAGCUCGCCCGCCAGGAGGAGGAAGAAUUCAACACCGGACCGCUUUCGGUGCUGACGCAGUCGGUGAAAAAUAACACUCAGGUUCUCAUAAACUGCCGCAACAACAAGAAGUUGCUUGGUCGAGUCAAAGCUUUCGAUCGUCAUUGUAAUAUGGUGUUGGAAAACGUUAAGGAGAUGUGGACCGAAGUUCCUCGAACGGGCAAAGGCAAGAAGAAAGUCAAACCGGUUAACAAGGAUCGUUUCAUCUCGAAAAUGUUCCUGAGAGGAGAUUCGGUUAUUUUGGUGCUGCGAAAUCCGCAGGCAACCGCAGCGGGAAAAUAAUACCGCCGACAAUCGGUGUGAUAGAAUUAAGUUUAUUUUGUAAUUGCUUAAACCGUAAACACAUUUUUAAUAGAAUAAAAUGAAUUGAACCGCUACUAUGAAAA